AUCGUGGGGGUGUUCACAAUCCCUGACAAGGGCACCCGGGAAGAUCCCUUAGCUAAAAUCGCCCACGAGUGCGACAUCCCCUUAUUCAAGGUCAAGGCGUGGCGUAAAUCGGGCACGCCCCUCCCCGAAGUCCUAGCCAAUUACCGCAGCGUCAACGCCGACUUGAACGUCCUCCCCUACUGCUCGCAAUUCAUCCCAAUGGAAGUUAUAAACUAUCCCCGCCUCAAAACGAUAUGCUACCACCCGUCGCUCCUCCCACGCCACCGCGGCGCCAGUUCCAUCAACUGGACGCUCAUUUCCGGCGAUAAAAAGGCGGGGUUUAGCAUUUUCUGGCGGACAUGGCUGGACACCGGACCAAUCCUGUUACAGGAGGAGUGUGACGUUUACGAGGACGACACCGUUGAUUCGCUCUAUAACCGGUUUUUGUACCCGGCCGGAGUGACCGCCCUUGCUAGGGCCGUUGACCUUGUAGCUGACGGGACCGCCCCCAGGGAACCCCAGAGUGAGAAAGGCGCCACCUAUGACCCCAUGUUAAACAAACCGGAACUUUGCCAAAUCGAUUGGGGGAAAACCGGGCCGGAGUUGCACGAUUUUAUCCGAGGGAUGGAUUCGGUCCCGGGGGCGUCAUGUCGGGUCAAAGUCAAUGAUAAGUACCACGAAGUUGCACUUUUUGGGUCAAGUGUCUGGAAAGGGGGGAAGCCCCAAGGACUGGACGUUGAGAUUGAAGGUGGUCCCAAUGGUACCAUACACGAGGAUGGGUUAAUUUUGACGGGUUCUGAUGGUACCAUGGUCAAUGUCAAGCGGGUCAAAAUUGAGGGACGGGUCAAGCUUGCCUCAAACUUGCUCCAAACCGGUCAACAAGUCACAAUUGAGUUGACGGAGGAUGAGAAAAGUCAAAUUGAGUCAAUGAGGGGCAUUUGGAAGUCAAUCCUCAAUACGGAAAUUGAUGAGACCGAUUUUUUCGCCUCAGGGGCCGGGUCAAUGGACGUCGUCCGAUUGGUUGAGGAAAUUAAGGAUUUACUCAAACUUGAGGAUUAUCAAAAUGAGGAUGUUUUCCUCAAUCCGGUUUUCACCGAAUUUUCGUUGAACGCCGUUUUGAAAAAAAGGGGCGGGGAAACCCCCAAAGAAAUCAACUAUAAGGGCGUUGAAAUCGAAGCUAAUGGACUCAAAAUCAAAGUUCCGUGCCAACUUUUCAUCAAUGGGGAGUUUGUUGAUGCGGAAAAUGGAAAAACCCUACCAACUGUCAACCCAACCACCGAAGAAACCAUCUGUCAGGUCCAAUGUGGCUCAGCCAAGGACGUGGACAGGGCCGUCCAAGCGGCCAAAAAGGCCUUUUACGAGGGAGAAUGGAGCAAAAUCAGCGCACGUGACCGCGGCCAACUCCUUUUCAAGUUGGCAGACCUGAUGCACCAACACCGCGAAGAGUUGGCCACGAUCGAGUCAAUCGACUCGGGGGCGGUUUACACCCUAGCCCUGAAGACGCACGUCGGGAUGAGCAUCGAAACGUGGCGAUACUUCGCCGGAUGGGCGGACAAAAUCCACGGAUCGACCAUCCCAGUUUCGCACGCCCGCCCCAAUAAAAACCUCUCCUUUACGAAGAGAGAACCGAUUGGAGUCUGCGGCCUGAUCACGCCCUGGAACUACCCACUUAUGAUGCUAUCGUGGAAAAUGGCAGCGUGCCUUGCGGCCGGUAAUACAGUUAUCAUCAAACCGGCACAAGUGUGCCCUCUAACCGCACUUAAAUUCGCCGAAUUGGCAGUCAAGGCGGGGAUUCCCCCGGGUGUGAUCAACGUCGUGCCGGGCACGGGGUCAAUGACCGGCCAAGCAAUCGCGACGCAUCCCGAAGUACGCAAGUUGGGUUUUACGGGAAGUACCGGAAUCGGGCAAGUCAUUAUGAAGUCGUGCGCGGAAUCAAACUUGAAGAAAGUGUCGCUUGAGCUGGGGGGGAAGUCCCCACUGGUUAUUUUCGCCGACUGCGAUCUGGACAAGGCCGUCCGAUUGGGAAUGCAAAGUGUUUUUUUCAACAAGGGCGAGAAUUGCAUAGCUGCCGGGCGACUUUUCGUGGAGGAAAGCAUCCACGACGAGUUUAUUCGACGCGUGGUCACCGAGACCAAAAAAAUAACAAUUGGGGAUCCCCUGAAUAAAUCAACAGCGCACGGCCCACAAAACCACCAAGCACACUUGACCAAACUACUCGAUUAUAUUAAAAUGGGGGUCAAAGAGGGGGCGAAAUUGGAAUAUGGAGGGGAGCGGUUAAACCGAAAGGGUUACUUCCUCCAACCGACCAUUUUCAGCCACGUGGAGGACCACAUGUACAUCGCCAAGGAGGAAUCGUUUGGGCCCAUCAUGGUUAUAAGUAAAUUUAGCAAUGGGGACAUUGACGGUGUUUUAAAACGUGCAAACGCGACUGAAUAUGGGCUCGCCUCCGGGGUUUUUACCCGAGAUUUGUCCAAAGCGCUCAAAUUUGCGGAAAAAGUCGAAGCCGGGACUGUUUUUGUCAACACUUAUAAUAAAACGGACGUCGCGGCGCCGUUUGGGGGGUUCAAGCAGUCGGGAUUUGGCAAAGAUUUAGGACAAGACGCUCUGAACGAAUAUUUGAAAACGAAAUGCGUCACAAUUGAGUAUUAAGUAGGUUUGAGGCCGUAUUUAUUGUAAUUUUAAUUUAAUUAAUAAACGCUUGUAUAGAU